UUGACGAGGCCGAGUCGAGGAGAAUGUUCAGCCAAUCGGAGAUGAGAACUGGCAUGUUCGGCCAAUCGGAGAUGAGACCUGACACGUUCGGCCAAUCGGAGAUGAGCACUGGCAUGUUCGGCCAAUCGGAGAUGAAAACUGGCAUGUUUGGCCAAUCGGAGAUGAGAACUGACACGUUCGGGCAAUCGGAGAUGAGAACUGGCAUGUUCGGCCAAUCGGAGAUGAGAACAGACACGUUCGGCCAACCGGAGAUUAGAAGUGACACGUUCGGCCAAUCGGAGACGAGAACUGACACGUUCGGCCAAUCUGAGAUGAGAACUGACACGUUCGGCCAAUCGGAGAUGAGAACUGGCGCGGUGAUGGAUCAACGCCCGCCGCGGAAGUCCCUCUUCGAGGACGAUGCGGACGACCCUCCCUCGGGGUCCCCAACACCGGAGCCGGCCUCCGUGGAGACCAAGUACUCGCAGAUCAACGAGAACCUACAGAGCAUCAUCUCGUUUUGCAAAAAUAAGCUAGGGACCAUCCAAAACCAACCCCAAGUCCUCCAGGGGGAACUGAAACACUGCAAGGCCCAGCAGCAGCAGAUCUUCUUCGAGGAUGGCUUCCCGGACAGCAUCGUCGAGGGUGACGCCGGUAUGGCGUCGGCCAAAUUUUCCUACCGGUUCGGCGCCGGGCAGGUCCCCCAGAAAAUGCGAUUCAGGAGUCCUGACAGCUACAUGAAGUGCCAGCAGGAGAAGCAAAGGGACACGAGCGGGGUUGAAUCCCAUGGCACGGGCCCAUUCAUCCCUGGCGGGAGGGCUCGAUCGGUGCCAGCGUCGUUCGCGCUGCGACUCCAGACGGUGGAGCAAGAGGCUGCCGCCCGGAAGAUGGCUGUGCGCAGGUGGAUCCGGCCGCAGUCACCGGAGGUUCCGGCCGCCGGCCCCGGGCCGCUCCUGACCAAGCUGCGUAACCUCACAGGCUCGCCGAUCAUCCCGCUUGACUGCCCCAAGUGCCAGCUCGAGAUCUCCAAGAGGGAGCUCGAGACCAUGCGACGCAACCUCUACCGCGCUCAGGGGCUACAUUGUUGCGGUUGCGGUUGCGGGGGCGACGAGGAGCCGACAGGACUGGCCGAGUGGGCGUGCACGUGUGGUGUGGGGCGGCAGCGAGGGCGCCGAGACCUGCACCGCGAAAAGGGGCGCGACCUGGCGCUGCCCACUCCGGUGCCGAUACCCGUCGGGCUCGGGCACACCGACCGGUUCAACGGCUGCCUCCGGACCUGCAGCUUCCACGCGACGCCUGUGCCUGUGCCUGUCCACUGCCCCGGCAACAACGGUUGCUGCCGCCAUUCGGACGUCAUCCACGACGUCGUCCCCAACUUCGUCCACCACGAGGACACCCACGGCAAAUGCAGGGAUUGCCACAGGCAAGACAUGCUUCACGACGCGAUGAAAUUGAAAAAUUCCCUCGACAUGCAAUACGAGCAACAGAGGACCUCGACCCUGCGCCGCCAUUACGAAUCCGUUGGCGGAACUAAAUGUUGUGCCGCAAGCGGAAACACACGCUGGACCGGAAGUGACGACGGGAGGUGGACGACGAAAGCGGAAAUGCCUCACGCGACGGUGCGGAAGGUGACCGAGAUCGGCGACUGCGUGGAGAAGAGCGGCCGGACAGCUGGAGGUAGAAGUGUGGACGAAGACGGGGGAAGCGGAAAUGGAGAAGAAAGCGGAAACGAGAGUGACAGUGGCGGACACAAGAGCAAAUACUUGGACACGAGUUGUUGCUCGGGGGAGUCGGUGAGAUCCAACGGGGAUUUUGCGUAUUUUGAGGAGCGGAUAGGCCCUUAUGCCUCCACCUCCGUGCCCUCCAUUGACGAGUGACCCGCAAAUCGUCGUCUUUCUCCUCACCUCAUAGUGAAAAGGUCGUCUAACCGUCCGUCGCCUUCCUGUUUUGUGCACGUCCUGAAGCUUCGACGGAACCAUGCAGAAAUCUACUCCGCGACCCCUCACCCCGCAAGAGGCGA